AUGAUGCGUGCAAGAACAACAGUCAUGGUGCGGCUCUGCCUUGUGUGCCUUGCUCUCUUGCUGCUGACCCAACAUGUCUACCCCAGGAAGAUCUCUGGGGCAGUAGUGCAGGAGGAGCAGAGCCAUGGCCAUGGCACCGCCACCACGGAACCGCGCGGCGAGGAAGGGAGCAGCGAAGGUGCCAAGAGGGGACAGCCUCAGCGUGAACCGACGAAAUGGGAGGAGAUCCACACGGAUUACAUCUACACCCAAGAUGUCAAACACCCAUAA